CCCUGAUGCCACAAUGAUGGCGUCAGCCCGCUGGUCCUACUUCCCUUUCUGUUUCGUUUCUUAUCUGAGGAAACGAAGCAGAAACUGCCGAUCAUAACGUGGGCCGACACGGAACGGACCGGUAGAGAUGAUCCGUCGGAAAUCAACACGGAUACUCUUUCUUUUUUGGCAUUCCUUCCCCCAGUAGUUCUCCACUCCUACUACUUCUUUCGUCUCUGAUGUUCCCUACAAAUAGAGCGAGUGAGCGAGCGCAAACGGUAGCCGAAGCAAGCUGUGUGGUCGUCCUGUUCGAAACAAUCCUGUUCUGCCUUCUUCCCUCCUGCAGUUCUUCCGUCUUGCCUCUUCUCUGGCCUCUGUUUCCUGCCGUCCACUCUUGUUGGUCGUCGAAAAUCGUUUUUUGAAAGCACCACCGCGCUGCCAUGAUUUCGAUGAUAGCUCGCACCGGCCGUCACAACCAGCGGUACGAGAAUGGCUGCCGCCUUAUUGCAGGGUGCAUUCCUUAUAAGCUCACCGACCAGAAGAUCCUGGAAGUUCUGGUUGUCAAAGCUCAGAAAAGCGACACUGUUUUGAUACCCAAGGGAGGUUGGGAGAAUGACGAGUCUGUAGAAGAAGCAGCUCGCAGGGAAGCAAUGGAAGAGGCCGGUGUUGAUGGAGACAUAGAGGAGAUGCUUGGUCAAUGGAAGUUCAACAGUAAAGGACAUGAAGAUCGAUACCAUUUGGCACAUGUAUUUCCCUUGAAAGUGCAUAAUCUGCAGGAUCCUUGGCCAGAGAAACACCUCCGAGAAAGAAUUUGGAUGCGUGUCCCGGACGCAAGGGAACGUUGCAAGCACCAAUGGAUGAGAGAAGCAUUGGAUAAGCUGAUACUUAACAUGGCUUGAUAGAUUCAUGCACAUGGGAUGUCGGUCAAAAACAAGCUCAGAAGCAGGUUUAUGCUACGUGUCUCUAUGUCAUUGAAGACCGGUAUCAUCAUCAUCAUCUUCUUCUUCUUCUUCUUCUUCUUCUUCUUCUUCUUCUUCUUCAGUUCGGGGAAUCGUGAACGAACGGUCAUUUCUUCGUAGAUUGAUGUACUUGACGAGAAUCGGCGAUCUCAGAUUGGGGGAACAUCGCCGAAAGGAACCAUCUUCUUGUUUAAAUGAACUUGUACAUAAAAGAUAGGUAGGCAAUUGAUUUAACGAAAGAUCGACUCUGUGCAUAGAUGUAUUCUUCUUGAAGAUGCAAUGCCAAACAAUAUUGGAUCUCA